AUGGGGCUGGGCCAGCAGCUGGAGGGGCUGUACGGCAUGGAGAACCUGGGACAGGCGCAAGCCAAGCUCCAGGGCAUACACAGGGAGGCGGAUGAAUUCCUGUCCUACAUCGUGCGAUCGUUCAAGCUCGACUGGCAGGCCGCGUUCGUUCAGUCCAUGGUCGAUCUCGUGCUCGAGAUGCAGAACGUCUCGGCCCACAUCGCCCGCUUGAUGCAGAACUUUGAGCACUACAUCCUCUUCUCUGAGCGGCAUCGACUGAACGUGGCGACCAACUCCCUCGGCUUCUUGGGUGUCCUCCCUCCCGAGAUACUGCAGCACAUCCUCCAGUUUCUGGGGCCGAAGGAACUGCUGCGUCGCGUCCCUCCGCUCAACCGACAUCUGAACGAGCUCACCAACGACAAUGCCCUGUGGAAGGCCAUGUGCAGGAAGCACAUACCAUCACACCCCGUCGAAAUGGAGUUCUGGUUCCUCAAGCGCGUGGAGAAGGAGGCGCUGCUCAACCAAGGCGGCAAGCUGGGCAAGCACCACAGCCGCCUCAACUCGGCGCGCUCGCGCGAACGGGCUUCUUCUGCUUCAUCGUCAUCACAGCCCUUUGCCAGCGGCAGCGCCGACGAAGAAGCUGCGGCCCUGGACGACCGCGGGGAGAGCAGCAACGACGACAUCGUCGCCCUCAACGCCAGCAGCAACAGCAGCAUCAACGCCCAACAGCAACAACGACGAGGAGAGUAG